AUGGAUUUACAGGAGAAUCAAGAUAUCAGAUUAUCCGUGAAAAAAGAUAUCUAUAAGCAAGAGAUGGCUGGCUCAGCACCGAUUGCCAACAGAGAUAAAUAUUCAGGAUUACCAACAGAAAGGAACUCAGGAUUGCUAACAGAAAUAGAUUUACAGGACUGCCAACAGAUGGAUAUUCAGCACUGCCAACAGAGAUGGAUAUUCAGCACUGCCAACAGAGAUGGAUACUCAGCAUUGCCAACAGAGAUGGAUAUUCAGCACUGCCAACAGAGAUGGAUAUUCAGCACUGCCAACAGAGAUGGAUAUUCAGCACUGCCAACAGAGAUGGAUAUUCAACCCUGCCAACAGAGAUGGAUAUUCAACCCUGCCAACAGAGAUGGAUAUUCAGCACUGCCAACAGAGAUGGAUAUUCAACCCUGCCAACAGAUGGAUAUUCAGCAUUGUCAACAGAGAUGGAUACACAGCAUUGCCAACAUGGAUAAAUAUUCAGGACUGCCAACAGAGAUAAAUAUUCAGGAUUACCAACAGAAAGGAGCUCAGGAUUGCUAUCAGAAAUAGAUUUACAAGACUGCCAACAGAGAUGGAUAUUCAGCACUGCCAACAGAGAUGGAUAUUCAGCACUGCCAACAGAGAUGGAUAUUCAGCACUGCCAACAUGGACUGCCAACAUUCAGGACUGCCAACAAAGUUUAACAAUACUGAUGGUAAACGCCGUAGAUUUGUUCGUCCAUCAAAGUACGGAGAGUCACCUAAAACAACCAAAGCAACGUGGAAAACUACCCACAGACGGCCAUGUUUCAAGCGAAGUCACGUAGAAAUUGGUCUCAUGAUUUCCGGUAUUGGAGUGAAGAUUCCAGAAAGGCUCACUGAAAACUGCCAUUGUCUUACAUGAAAUCACUGAGGACCACCUAUAGUAAAAGGUGAAGUGUUACAGCUGAAAUUCUCUUAGUCGUUACUGCUUGUAAAAUCACUUGAAAUAAUCUAGUGUCAUAACAUUGCAAAUGAAGUCAUCCAGGAUUGCCAAGUUUACGAAGAUAUUUCCUCAAGGCUGUCGGUGUUACAAGUGAAAAACAGCCAACACCAUUUGUAGAAACACUUGGAGGCUACUCGAGGCCACCAACGGUCCCUUUGGAAAUACUACGGGUUGAUUACGUAAUGAGUGAAGUCAUCUGAAGCUACAGUGUAUGCCUGAAAUCACCCAAGGCUUCCAACAUUUCCUGUGGAAACACCGCGAGCUUUCAACAUAAGCCUGUCUGUGAAACCACGCGAAUAGGCUUAUAUUAACAGCAAAAUCACCUACAGCUGCUGAUAAUCCCUGCUGCUGGUAAUGACGCCAGUCAAUUAACCUUAUUAAGACUGAAAUCUGGCAAAAUUAUCUCUGAAGCCACCAGAGGUAUCUACGUAUGAGAUGGACCUCCUAAGGAUGCUAACUUUACCUGGGAAACUACAAGUUUUGCCAAUAUUUCGUGUAAAAAUCACCUAAUACUGCUAACAUUCAGUGAAAUGACCCAGUAAAAACAUUUCUGGAGUGAUUAAUGGCAUUGUCUCUCCAAAGUGUCAGCAUAAAGAAUUUCAAAAAACGUGAAAAUCUGUCACAUAGAGCUACCAACGCUUCAAUGCCACGAUAUACGAUACGUAUAUAAUAAUCGUCAAAGGACUUUGUCUAUUACUAAAACAAUGCAUAUCACGUAUACAAUAGAUGGUUAUGGACUUUCCG